AUGGACUGGAAAGCCAUCGCUCGCACUCGACAGGAUCACCGUGAACGAACAAUUCAAGUAUUGGAGCCGCCAAUCCCGGAUGUUCCUGUAUCAACGGGAUCAAACGUCACAAAGAUACCUUCCACUUUACUCACGCAGGAAGUUCUUUCCAUCACAGGAAGAGAUGCAGAAACGCUUGUGAGACAACUGGCUUCGGGGAACCUGACCAGUACCGUUGUCACCAAGGCCUUCCUUCAGCGUGCUGCUUUGGCCUCCCGACUCACCAAUUGUGUCACCGAACUCCUUACAGAUCAAGCCCUGGAACGCGCAAAUUUCCUAGACGAACACUUUUCAAAGCAUGGACCGAUUGGGCCCCUACACGGAUUGCCAAUAUCCGUCAAGGAACACAUCUCCAUGAAAGAUCUCGAUGUGAAUGCAGGAUUCGUAUCUUGGGUAGGCCGGAUCGGCGCCGAUGAUGCUCUGAUUCUGAAGUUACUGUGGCAUGCUGGCGCCGUGUUUCAUGCCAGGACUACAGAACCGCAGACGCUGAUGCACUUGGAGACGUCGAGUAGCAUAUACGGAGUUACUGUGAAUCCUUACAAUACAAACCUCACGUCCGGAGGUAGCAGCGGCGGCGAAGGCGCGUUACUUGGGAUGAAUGGCAGUUGUCUCGGGAUUGGGACUGAUAUUGGUGGCAGUAUCCGAAGUCCGGCGGCCAACAACGGUGUGUAUGGGCUGAGACCCACGUCUUAUCGGCUACCUCUUGAUGGGUUUGCCGCCACAAUGCUAGGCGAAGAACAGGUUGUCCCCGUCGUCGGCCCUCUCAGCGCAAGUCUAGAGGGGAUCAAGCUGUUCAUGAAGACUUUGAUUGACCAAAAGCCAUGGUUAUACGAGCCUAGUCUGAUUCCCAUGCCCUGGAAGGAUACAUCAAUUUCCAGCUUACUUCGUCGAGGGCACCAGGGUCAACCUCGACUCAGAAUUGGUGUGCUCGCCAAUGACGGUAUUGUUAAGCCGCAUCCACCGAUCGUCCGAGGCAUCCAAACCAUGGUAGACAAGCUGAAAGGUCACCCAGACAUUGAGAUUGUAGACUUCCCUGCAUACAAGCACGAUGAGGCAUGGCGAAUCAUAGCAAGCCUGUACUUCGCAGAUGGCGCCCGCGAAGAAAUUGAAGCCAUCGAUGCCUCAGGGGAGCCCUGGAUGCCACUCUCCGACUUCAUCAUCAAGGAAAAUCCUCACGUCAAAGCCCUGACCAUUCCCGAAACAUGGAAGCUUACAUGCGAGCGAGAUGCUUACAAAGCAGCGUACGCUCGACACUGGAACAGUGUAGGAACUGGCUUGCCAGGGCCUGAAAGUGGAUCAAAGAUCACUGUCGAUGCAGAUGCUCUCCAAGAUCGCAUUGUUGACGUCGUACUAUGCCCCGUGGGACCGGGAGUAGCUCCAUUACUCAACACGGCACGGUAUUGGAAUUACACCUCACAGUGGAACCUAUUGGAUUAUCCCGCACUGGUCUUUCCCACCGGGCUGGCUUGUGGUCCUGAAGACAAGGCUGAUAUCGAGUACUCGCCGAGGAAUGAACAAGAUGCAUACAAUCAUAAUCUUUAUGACCCUGCUAAGUAUGCAGACGCUCCGAUAUCAUUGCAGCUGGUCGGGCGUCGUUAUGAGGAUGAAAAGGUCAUUGAAGCAUUGGAAUUCAUGCUUAGAGUUGCUGGCAUACCGUCCAGCAAUGGCAAUUGA